AUGGCGACCACAAGCAACGACGUUUCUGCUACUGCUCCUGCUACGCCAGAGCCAGCUUCGCUCGCCAGCGCUUUGCCAUGGUUCGAGGAUCUUCUGGCAUGGAUAAUGUCUCUGCACCUCCAAGUCGUCGAUGCGACUGGCCCUCGUACAGCAAAGCCCGAUCCGAUCGAGAUCAUGAUCGCGCCCGAGUUAGGAGCCAUCUACCUCCUGGUCCGCCGGUCCACCAGACACCUGGGCGAUAGGAGCUGCGGUGUGCUGAACGCCGAGCUGUGGAAGCACCACCGCAUCGAAUACAACCAGCGCAAGUGCUACGUGGGGUACAAGCCAACGCAUGAUGGGGAUGUCGCCGCGAUCAUGUACAACGAAGGGCCGCGCCACACGCGGGCGAUCUUCCACGCCUUCUGGGAGAUGGGCGCAGCGCUCGAGGAGCUUCUGUACACGGCGAUCCGCCGCCAGCAGCUGAGCCGCAGGUGGAUCCAGCGUGCGUCCAUCCUGCGGUACGUGCUGCCGGAGACAGACGGCGACAACCCCCGCGUCGUCCCGGUCGCGGACGCAGACAUCCCCGGCGUGUUCCCGAUGAUCCCGUUCAACCUGCCCAUCGACCCGCUCACCAGGCGUCACUUGCCGACAGGCUGGUGCCCUCCCGCCGAUGCGACCCUCACGCUCCGGGAGUACGCCUUCACCACCAUCGGCCACCACGCUCUCCAGCGCCUCGUCAAUCCCGUCCCUGACG